AUGGAUUUAAAACAGGAAGCCCGUCAGAUUUGCGGAACUUUGGAUGCAAGUCUUCCUCGCCCGAAAACAAAGGACGAUAUUCUACAAAUAAUCAAUUUCGCCAUGCAAAUUUUGCCAAAUAUUUUCGACCGACCUGAGUUCUCGGCUGGAGAUACCGUCGCUUACUUGAACCGGCGAACGAUGACGGACUACAGCUUCGUGACGGCAAACAAUAUUGGCAAAUUGGCGGACAGCGAUGGCAACAUCCUCGAUAAUUUCUCUUUCAUCUCUCGCAACACUUUAGGAGAACUUGAUCCAGAGUACUCUUAUUUAACUGUCGAUGUGAGAGACUCUCAUGGAAAUUGCGACCCUUACUGCGUUAAAAUGGAGCCACGUUCUCUCUUCAAAUGGUCAAUCCAAAGUGUCGAUCCUGAAAGAGGAUUGUACGCGACUCUUGUUUGUUUCUACGAAAAUGGGUUUGAUUGGACAAUAAGCCAUCAUGACAAGAAUAUAAGAGAUGAUUUUACGUGGUAUGAACCGAAUAUGUUUAACAAUUUCUCGAUCUUGCAAGCGUGGGAUAGAAAAGGAAAUGCUUGGGAAGAACUUGGCCAGAAUGCAGCUUUCAGCACUUUGACGGUUUUUCAGGGCGUUAACAAUCCAUUUUAUGGGAUCGCGAUACGAGAUUCAGAAGAGGCCUGCCAGCUUCUCGGAGGAAAAUUGAUAGAAAGCGACAAAGAGUUGCAUUUCUUCAUCAAAGCAUUUCAAAGAGCGUUCGAGGACGAACAAGAGACACUAACUUACAACCAACUCGCCAAUUUACGCAUACCUCUCAAAAUCGGCAUACCUACUUUUCUAGAUAUGCAACAAAACUGCUCAGAAAGUGGGACAAAGGAACACAAAGAAACCCGAUGCGGGUCUCGUGUUUUUGAUCCUUCCGAAUAUAUCGAUAUUGAUAUCGUUCCAGUUUACAAUCACGACGAAUCUGGUGGCACAGUAGUUUCCACCCUCGACUUGAACUGGUUCAACUAUCUUCAGGGUCGAAAUCUCCUCCGACUCUUCAGGCCAAAAUCUGCCGCCGUUGACCAAAUCUGCAUUCAGAAAUAA